GCCACAAGAGGUAGUAUAUUGAACCCAAAACAAUAAAAACCGGUCCACGUGAGUUUCCGUCUUGAAUGAACCCAGAACAAUAAAAACCGAACCUUGGUCCACUGUCGUACGCUAUCCGUUUAUGGAUUAAACCCACUCACUACCACCACCACUCUGCAACCCUUUCCGGCGAAAUGGCAACCUCCACAAGAAUCCUAACCCUCUCAUUAUCAUCUUCAACCACCACCCCCACCACCACCCGUUUCUCAGUCUCUCUCAUCACUUCCCCCAAAUUCCACCCUCCUCAUAGGCUUAAUCAACCGUUUACACCCCUCAGGGUGUAUCAACACUUUAGACCCCUCACCACCACCGCCGUCACCGAAGAACCAUCGUUAGAAUCUUCAAAACACUCAAUUCUUCUCGAACGUCUCAGAAUCAGACACCUGAAAGAUUAUUCAGCAGCAGGCAACAACAGUAACAUAAUAAAAAAGCAACAACUGGAGGGUGAGGGUGGUGAGAUUGAGAAUAAGAAGAAGGUGGUUUUAGGGUUUAAUGAGUUGGGGUUGAGUGAAGAGGUGUUAGGGGCUUUAGGGGAAAUGGGGAUUACAGUGCCUACUGAGAUUCAGUGUUUGGGGAUACCUCAAGUGCUUGAUGAGAAGAGUGUGGUGUUGGGCUCUCAUACUGGCUCUGGGAAGACUCUUGCUUACUUGUUGCCUCUUGUUCAGUUGUUGAGGCAAGACGAAGCAUUGAAUGGCAUGGUGAUGAAGCCCAGGCGUCCACGUGCUGUUAUCCUUUGCCCAACACGGGAAUUAUGUGAACAGGUAUUCGGUGUUGCAAAGUCAAUUAGUCACCAUGCGCGGUUUAGGUCAACCAUGGUUAGUGGUGGCGGUCGUCUAAGACCCCAAGAGGAUGCACUGAAUUCACCCAUUGACAUGGUGGUGGGGACACCUGGCAGGGUUCUUCAACAUAUCCAAGAGGGGAACUUGGUGUAUGGUGAUAUCAAAUAUCUGGUGUUGGAUGAGGCAGACACCAUGUUCGAUCGAGGGUUUGGUCCAGAUAUUCGCAAGUUUCUUGGCCCGUUGAAAAACCGUGCACAAAAAGCCGAUGGUCUAGAUUUUCAAACUGUUUUGGUGUCUGCUACAAUGACAAAUGCCGUACAAAAGCUAGUCGAUGAGGAGUUUCAAGGUAUUGAACAUCUUCGCACUUCAACUCUGCAUAAAAAGGUUGCUUCUGCGCGCCAUGAUUUUAUAAAGCUUUCUGGUUCAGAAAACAAGUUGGAAGCAUUACUACAGGUUCUUGAGCCAAGUUUAGCAAAGGGAAACAGAGUGAUGGUGUUUUGUAAUACGUUGAAUUCUAGCCGUGCGGUGGACCAUUUUCUUAGUGAAAACCAACUGGCUACUGUUAACUAUCACGGCGAGGUGCCCGCAGUUGAAAGGGUUGAAAACCUCAAAAAAUUCAAAAGUAAUGAUGGAGAUUGCCCCACUCUCGUUUGUACUGACCUCGCAGCUCGGGGUUUGGACUUGGAUGUUGAUCAUGUUAUUAUGUUUGAUUUUCCGUUAAACUCUAUUGACUAUCUUCAUCGGACUGGAAGAACUGCCCGCAUGGGUGCAAAAGGAAAGGUGACGAGUCUAAUUACGAAAAAGGAUCUCACUUUAGCAAACCGUGUUGAGGAAGCGAUGAGGAAAAACGAAAGCUUAGAGUCUCUAACCGUAAACAACUUUCAAGGAGACGGUGGCAGGCCAAAACUUCAAGACCAUAAAGCAAAAGGUAAGCUGCCGGUCAAAGUCAAAGUCAAAGUCAAAGUGUCCGAUCAGAAAAACAACAAAAGUCUUUCGGCUGCAAAAUCAUCCACCAAAAGAAGCACGUCGGGGCCUAAGUCUAGUAAAGUAGUCGCCUUUUCCAAAUCGCCAACCAAAAGAAGCUCAUCAGGACCGAAAUCCGAUAAAGCAGUUGACUUUUCGAAAGUCAAGAAAACGACAAGUAAAGUUUCUACCAAACCGUUGGCGAAAAUUGGCGGGUCAACUCGCACGGUCAGCCAAAAAACUGCUGUUGUGAAAUCACCGUUGAAGCUAAAUGUUGUCGGGUUUAGGGGGCGCAGCUCUGCUUCAGGUUCAGUUAGAGCUAGUUAAAUUAAAAGAAUUGUUGAUAAACAGUUUAUAAAAAAAGUAAAAAAAAAAACUGUUAUUUCAGUUGAUAGAAAUUGAAACUGCCCUUUUAGUUAUAUUCAGUUAUCACUUUACGAGACGUGUGUCCGGAUAUCUUUGGCUAUCCAUUAUCAGUUUAUCGUA